ACAGGCUGAAGGCUUGAGAGCUGGGGAACCCCUGAUCCAGAACUACGGAGCUCCCCGAAGUGAAAGGUAAAGAAAGCACGGAGCCAUCUCCGCAAGCAACUCUGAAAAGAGAGUCAUUGCAUUUAGCUCAGUUCCCUAUGUCUUCACCUGAAAUUUCUUCCCUUUCAUGGGGGCAAAUGAAAGUGCAAGGCUCUGCCAUAACCUAUAAGGAUUGCAAAGUAUGGCCAGGAGGCAGUCGGGCUUGGGAUUGGAGAGAAACAGGAACUGAGCAUUCUCCUGGUGUGCAGCCUGCAGAUGUAAAGGAAGUUGCCGAGAAAGGUGUACAGGCCCUUGUGAUUGGCCGAGGAAUGAGUGAGGCCUUGAAGGUGCCUCCAUCCACUGUGGAGUACCUCAAGAAACAAGGCAUUGAUGUGCGGGUCCUCCAGACAGAGCAGGCAGUGAAGGAGUAUAAUGCUUUGGUUGCCCAAGGCAUCAGAGUGGGAGGUGUCUUCCAUUCCACCUGCUAAUGUAGCCUUAAGAGGAGAAUAAAUCACUAAAUAAUCUUG